AUGUUACGUCAAAUCAUAUCAAUUUUGCACAUCUCUGCCGCUUCUUCACAGUCAUUCACUCACCCCCUCCCUUUCAUUGAAACCAUCCCUCUCUCUCACCUCCUUCCUCUUUCUCACCCCGUUCCUCUCUCUCACCCCCUCCCUCUCUUUCACCCCCUCCCUCUUUCUCACCCCCUUCCUCUCUCUCACCCCGUCUCUCUCUCUCACCCUGUCCCUCUCUCUCGCUCCAUCCAUCUCUCUCAUUCCCUCCCUCACUCUCAUUCCCUCCCUCACUCGCAUUCCCUCCCUCACUCUCAUCCCCUCCCUCUCUCUCACCCCCUCCCUUUCUCUCACCCCUUCCCUCUCUCUCGCCCCCUCCCUCUCUCUCAACCCCUCCCUCUCUCUCAAUCCCUCCCUCUCUCUUGUUGGUGCAACCCUAUGGGUAUUGAUUGCUCCAAGGUUAUCAGUACAAAGUACGUGAAUGUGAAGGAGUAUUUUCCAGCUUGCUCUGCCUUCUACUACGUCCAGCCUAAUGGCACAUGCGCCUCGGUGGCCAAGUUUCUCAACAUCUAUGAGGAGGACCUGUGGAGGUACAACCCCGGAAUGAUCAACUCCUGCUCACGCCUCCCUGCGUUCCGCUCUCUGUGUGUGGAGAGAGAACCCGCCAAGGCCAACUGGGACUGUGUGAGCCGCGCACUGGCCCCCAGUGUGGUGAACUGGAAGCGCUUUGCCGUGGCCAAUGGAGCCAGCACCCUGGACCUUGUCAGGCUCAACCCGUGGCUGGCCUUCCGUGAUGCUGAGAGCGAGACCGACUCUGAUUAUGUUUGUGUGUCUGCCACCUACAGCUAA